AUGGCCAACGCGGCAAUCAGCGAUAAAUAUAUGAGACAUAUAACCACAUCGUAUGUCAACCACCGCAGUUCCAUCGCCACCGCUGCCGUCCAAAAAACCAAGAUACUCGAGGAGACGAAAAACGGAGAAGUUAAAUGCCUUGCUAUUGAGCCGACGAUUCCCCCACCGCAGCCCGAGACAUAUACCGGACAUCUCGCUGUGCUUCGCAACCCAACUCAUAAAGAGUGGGAAUCAAGACCUCACAGAUAUCUUUCUCCCACGCUCUGUAAUAUCUCACCGUAUUAUGUCAAACGAUUCGUCGAACCUCCAGUUCGUGAAAAGCUUCUCGAGGGAAAAUGGCCGGGGAAACACCAUGAAUUUACCAUGGGGAAGGCUCAAGAGGAUGAGAUUAAGAUUAUGCAAGAUAGUGGAGUGGUGUAUAAGAAGGAAAAAGACAAAUAUACCAGUCGAGUAGAAGCACAGAGGAAGGAAAUGUAUGAAUUCGAAAAGCAGCUUGAGAUUCUGAUGACGAAGAUACAGGAAAUUCGAUGGAAGCGAGAGAAAGAAGAGGAAUUAUGCGAUUAUCUGGAACAUCUCGUUGGGGUUAAGGAAUGCGCGGAACAGCAGCGAGAAUUUGAGGAGCAGAAGAAGGAAUUUUGGCAGGAGAGGAGAGGUUCAAAAAACGGAUAG